CUUUUGGCCUUUUCUUAUAUUUUGGUGUUCUCCGUACGAAGCACUGAUUAAACUCUUCUUUCUUUCUUUCUAUUUUUUUUUCUAAACCCUAUUUCACGUUCAGUCACCCCUUUUCCUCCCGUUAUCAGCCCCCCCCCCCCCCCCCCCCCCCCGUUCGCCGCCCGUCGCAACCCGCACGCCGUCGCUGAAGCUCCCGUAGUCUCAGCCUUUUGACGGAAUCGUAGCCGCCACCUUCCUCUCACACUCUCUUGACUUCGACCUAUCAGACUUAUCUCCGUUCAUUUUUGUCCCGAACACUGUGGUUCAGCCCCCCCAAACCGCGCCGUUUGUGAGAUCGCGCGACCUCUGCUUGUUUUUCAGAUCCCAAGGGCUAAGGUUCACAUUCAGGAAAGCCAAAGAUGCAGCAACCACCGCAAAUGAUGCCAAUGAUGCCUUCAUUUCCCCCCACCAAUAUCACCACCGAGCAGAUACAAAAGUAUCUUGAUGAGAACAAAAAGUUGAUAUUGGCCAUACUGGACAACCAAAAUCUGGGGAAACUAGCUGAAUGUGCUCAGUACCAAGCUCAACUUCAGAAGAAUUUGAUGUAUUUAGCUGCAAUUGCUGAUGCCCAGCCACAGGCACCGGCCAUGCCUCCACAGAUGGCUCCCCAUCCUGCCAUGCAGCAAGGGGGUUAUUAUAUGCAGCACCCUCAGGCAGCUAUAAUGGCUCAGCAAUCGGGACUUUUCCCUCCAAAAGUUCCAUUGCAGUUCGGCAACCCCCAUCAACUACAAGAUCCACAGCAGCAACUACACCAACAACACCAGCAAGCAAUGCAAGGGCAAAUGGGACUAAGACCUAUUGGUGGUGCUAACAAUGGCAUGCACCACCCACAUCACACUGAAAGUACCCUCGGUAGUGCUAGUGCUGGUGGCCCUCCUCGAAGUUCAGGGCAAACUGAUGGUCGUGGAAGUGGCAAGCAAGACUCCGCUGAUGUGGGAGGUGCAGGCACCGAUGGUCAGGGAAAUGCAGCUGGUGGCCGGGGCGGUGGUGGUGAUGGUGAGGAAGCUAAGUAACAUAGCCUUAUGGCUGGUUCCCACAUCCAUGUGUGGCUUGUUAAUAGUAGGUGCUUCGUACAAUAGAGCUUCCAUGCUGUGGUGAUAUUAGUAGGUUGAGUAAAGAAAAACCAAAAUUCUCGAUUGUUUUAGUUUAAGCAGAAUAUCUAGGUAAGUUGUGUAUGUGUUGUAAGAGUCUUGGUAUGUAUGCAGUUAAACUCCAUGCUUGGCAAUAUUAGGCAGAUGUAGUUUGAAGAGAGUUAGUGGUAGACUGGUCUUGACCAGUACCUGCACUUUUAUCUCAUUUUGUAAACAACUUGGGAAAGAUCAGUAGGAUUAGUUAUAAUAUAAUUCUACUGGAUGGUUUCUAGCA